UAUCAUAAAUUCAGGGAGUUCCAACAUCACGGGCUGAAAGGCAAAAGGGAAAUCCUCUGCUACCAAACAAAAUCACAACAAAAGUCUAGCAAUCUUUGACUAUUUCUCGUACAUGCCAACCUGUUUUUUCUCAUUGCCAUCCCUUAAUAACUAGCCAUUUGGAACUUGACCCCACCUAGAGCUUCCAGUCAUACCUUUUGAAGGACCCAAAUCAUAACUUCCACCAAAGCCCACAUACAUACCCAACUCCCUCUUCUUUUCCUUAGUAAAAUAUUCAUUACUUAAGUAUAUUACACUCUCCAAUAAGGUGAAAUUGAUUUCUUCAUGAUUAUAAUGGCCUCCUUUUGGUUUCACUUAGGAACACUCAUCAUCAUGGCUUUCAUGGCCUCACCUUUGCUUUGUUUAUCUCCUCAACUUAAUUCUGAUGUUUCCACUAUCUCAGCUAUACCAUCAUUCUUGACAAACUCUCCCCUAUCUCUAUCUUCUUUCCAAGAAAUAUCCCCAGACAUUGCUCCACUUUUGCCUUAUCCUGGUGGUGCAGUGCCUGCUCCAACUGGAUCAUCCAUAGCCACCAUUACUUCAAGUCCAAGCCCUCCAAAUCCAGAGGAGUUGGGUGCACCUGGCCCUGAUUCUGCCUUUCUGCCAUCGGGGUCAUUGCCGGCUUCCUCUGCAGAAUCUAAAAUCCUGUUUUCGUAUAUAAACACUGUUUUUGCAGGUUUAGCUGCAUAUUGGUGUCUGCAGCCACUGAAGAUGUAGUUGUUGAGGGGCUAAAUGACUCCAUUAGUGUUGUAGCUUCCACUGCUUCCUACUCCCUGUUGAUGCUAAUCUUUCAUUCUUUUCAGCAUAUGAUACAAUGUAUGUAGUUCUUGUCUUCAGAUGAGUGUGAUACUAGUGCAAUUGUUCCAUUGUGACUAUAAUUUGUUGUUUUGAUUGAUUUUUUUUUAGUAAAAUGAGAUGUAUUGU